AUCUCUCCAUCCUGACCGGACCGACGUUCACGGCCGAGCGGAGCUAAUGAACGAGCUGGUGAAGAGUUUACCGUCCCCGACCCUCCCGGGGCUCCACCUGCCGUGCGUGGACACCCACAGGGGCUGGCUCUUUAAAUGGACCAACUACCUGAAGGGCUACCAGCGACGCUGGUUCGUCCUCAGCAACGGCCUCAUGUCCUACUACAGGACUCAGGCAGAGAUGGCACACACUUGCCGGGGCACCAUUCCCUUGGCCACGGCGCACAUUGAGGUGGGUGACACCUGCCACAUGGUGUUGACCAGUGGAGGCCGAAGCUACCACCUGAAGGCCACAUCUGAGGCAGAGUGUCAGUGCUGGGUGUCAGCUCUGCAGCAAGCCAAGGCCAACGCCACGCUCCUGAUGCAUCACUCAGAUGACUCAGGAGAUGAAGGCCCUGUACCUCAGGAGGACCGUGCCCUAACCCAAGGGGUGCUCAAGACUCUGGCCGGCAAGCUGGACGACCUGAGCACCUGUAAUGAGCUGAUUGGAAAGCACGGCGCCGCUCUCCAGCGUUCCCUCAGCGAGCUCGAGGAGCUGCGUGGAUCCGCAGACAGCACAGACAAAGUGAAAUCUGUGAACGAGCGAGCCACCCUGUUCCGCAUCACCUCCAAUGCUAUGAUCAAUGCUUGUCGUGAUUUUCUGGACGCAGCAGAAUCUCACAGCCGGAGGUGGCAGAAGGCCCUGCAGCAUGAGAGAGAACAGCGCCACCAUCUGGAGGAGACUAUCGAACAGUUAGCCAAACAACACAACAGCUUGGAGAGAGCCUGGAGAGAGAAUCCCACCUCAUACACAGGUGUGGAGAGGUCUCAGGAGGGGGAUGCAAGUGAUGAGAAUGAUGACGCAGAGUUCUUCGAUGCCAUGGAGGACUCCACUGCAUUCAUAACCGUGACAGCCAGCGGCAACGUACAGCACAAGCGCUCAGGGAGUAAUCAGAGUAUGAUGAGCGGAGGAGUGCCCAAUGACUGGACUCACAAUGAGAAUGACACAUCUGGCACCAACCACAUGCAACUUCAAAGAACAAGACGCAGCCGUAUUCCUGACAAACCAAAUUACUCCCUCAAUCUCUGGAGCAUCAUGAAGAACUGUAUUGGCAAAGACCUGUCCAAGAUACCCAUGCCUGUAAACUUCAAUGAGCCGCUGUCGAUGCUGCAGCGUCUGACCGAGGAUCUGGAGUACAGCGAGCUUCUGGACCGAGCAGCUCGCUGCGACUCGUCCCUGGAGCAGAUGUGCCUGGUGGCGGCCUUUUCUGUCUCCUCGUACUCCACCACAGUCCAUCGCACAGCCAAGCCCUUCAACCCUCUGCUGGGGGAGACCUAUGAACUGGACCGACUGGAGGAGUAUGGUUACCGCUCCAUUUCUGAACAGGUGAGUCAUCACCCACCAGCCGCCGCCCACCACGUGACUUCACAGAGGGGAUGGACGCUGUGGCAGCACAUCACUAUCGACAGCAAGUUCCGUGGGAAAUAUAUCUCUGUCGUUCCAUUAGGAAACAUUCACCUGCAGUUCCACUCGAGUGGAAACCAUUAUGUGUGGAGCAAAGUGACCUCGACGGUGCACAACAUUAUUGUGGGAAAACUUUGGAUUGAUCAGUCGGGGGACAUUGACAUUGUGAACAACACCACCAAGGACACCUGUCGUCUCAAAUUCUCCCCCUACAGCUACUUCUCCAGAGAAGUCCCACGGAAAGUGACAGGAGUGGUCGAGGACAGAGAGGGCACGGCUCAUUACAUCCUGUCAGGGACCUGGGACGACAAGAUUGAGGGUGCCAAAAUAGUGGACAGCAGCCAAGGAUGUGGCGGCUCUGAGGGCAAACAGAAGACAGUUUAUCAGACUCUUCAGCCCAAACUCCUCUGGAAGAAAUACCCCCUCCCAGAUAAUGCGGAGAACAUGCACUUUUUCUCCGCCCUGGCUUUGACUUUGAACGAACAGGAGGAGGGGGUUGCACCCACUGACAGUCGUCUGCGGCAAGACCAGCGGCUAAUGGAGGCAGGUCUGUGGGACGAAGCGAAUGGCCAGAAGCAGCGACUGGAGGAGCGUCAGAGGCUGGAGAGGAAAAGACGUGGGGCGCAAGCAAAUCAGGCCCUGGAGGAGGGGCAAGACAUCGAGGGCUACCAGCCACUGUGGUUUCAGAAGAGGACAGAUGACACAACAGGAGAAAAUACUUACAUCUACAGGGGCGGCUACUGGGAAGCCAAAGACAGACAGGACUGGACCCAAUGCCCCGAGAUUUUCUAAAAGACAAAAUGUUCCCUUUCACCACAGCAUCAGAUCGGCUGAAUGGUUCCUCCUGAUUCUCUGCGAGUUAUACACAGUGUGUGUGUGUGUGUGUGUGUGUGAGAGAGAGUGUGUGAGUGAGUGAGAGUGUGUGUGAGUGAGUGAGAGAGUGUGUGUGUGUGCACAUGCAGAAUUUCGAACACGAAGCUCCAACUCCCAGUGACUGAUCUACUUAAUUCUGUUCUGUUAUAGCUUGUGCUUUCAGAAUGCAUACCCUCGCUUCAGCAGAGAACUAAUUUAUGAUUUGUGUGUGUGUGUGUGUGUGUGUGUGUGUGUGUGUGUGUGUGUGUGUGUGUGUGUGUGUGUGAGUUGAACGGUUUCAUUUCCUGGUGUGAGUGUAAGGGAAUAACCUAGGGGGCAAGGAGUGCUGCGAAUGUUUUGGUACAGGCACUGAAUGUCUUGUUCUCCUCCAAGCUGGAACACGAUCCUCAUGCUGGGCUGUGACAGAGACGUAAAACUUUGAAAGGACCGUAGCGGGAUAAAGCAUCGUUACGCACAAAGAAGGAUUUUUCACAGCAGAACUUCAUUUAUUGAUCCAACUGAUCCUUGGAGAUUUUUUUUUACAUUCUAUUUCUUAAAAUUGCACAAACUGUAUUUUCAAGGAUUUACAGUUACAGUCAGCUGUGACAGGCUGGAGAGCAGCUUCUUUGUCAUGAAAACCAAAAUAGACAUCUUUCUCUUUGGAUGGACAACUGAUGACAACCCCAUGUUGUUUUACAGGUACAGCUGCACAUAAUUUCCAACCUGUUUCUGAUGCAUUAACGGGGAAAUGUUACGAGGCUUGGAGAGUCAGGCUGAGUUUCACAGAAUUUAUUGGAGCUUGAUGCAUAUUAUCGACAAAAAGUCUUGCACCUCUGUUUAAGCAGUUUCCACCACUCACUAAACCACUUCAAAUAUCUCAGAGACUCACCAUAAGAGUUCCACUGAUGUAUAAUCUGCUAAACCACGGGGAUUUUCUCCAGCAAGGGAUUAUAUUGCUGUUUGGUGCUUGAUGGUAAUUUUAGCCUUAAUUAUGUAAUGAAGUAGUAAAACCCUGUAAACAUGUUCUCUUAUAUUUGGAGCAGAUUAUAGCAGUCUGACAGACUAUGAUUCCCUUUGAGGGCACUUAUGUAUACUUCAGGGUGAAUUUCAUUUUGUUUUACUCAGAAUAUCAGGGUUUAUCAUAUUGGUAAGUGACAACAAACAUAUUCUCCCGAAUUAAAAUAGUUAGAAUUGGCUGGUUUAUAUCUUUAAAAGUUUAAUAAUAGCACAACCUGACUUGAGAAGAAAAUGCUCCAAGGUCAGAAAGGUGUUUUAUGCAGCACAUGUCAUAGUAACAGUGUCAUUUAGAUGAAUCAUAGUUCUGAAUCAGUCCAGAGCCAGAAAACAAUUAAGAGAAAUCUUAGCAGAACAUUAGCUAACCUUUUGUGUGCAGAUAAGCACUGUUCAUUAGUAGUUCAUAUGCAUUCUAUUAAUAAACAAUAAUAAGCUGUUCAUUCAUACUUUUCAGCUUUCUGUGUAUAAUAGGGCAUGAUGCACAUUAACUACCUGGGUUGUUUUGGCCUGUAUAUAGCAAGAAUAUAAUAGAAAUAGAAUUACCUCAUUAAAAAACACUGUAAGGAAGUAUUAUUUCACAUUACUGGUCACUAUUUUAACUCUAUUUGUGUAAACAUAAUCUUUAAUCAAGAUCAUAUAGCAGUUACUGCGAUGUUGGGGAAUUAAAAUGAUGAACAUGAGUUUAAUAUAAAAUAUUGAUGAUACAAAUAAGCACAACGUCAUCUUUACAUGCAGGUGUCAGUAAAUGCUACAUAAAUUCAAAGGUUCCCAUGACAAUAUAUAGCUAUGCAUGGUAUUAGAGUGCCCAAGCACCUCUGUAGUGAAAAGCCUCUUCACCUAGCUAACUGUAAUGUGGACUUCAUGAUGUGAACUUAACCUUUUGUGCCCAAAGGCCUAGAAAAUCUCCCAU